UGUCAAGCGACGCGACCAGAGACGAACGCGCACAACAGUCCCGUCUUAGUUUAGCAAGGAUUCAUUUAUGAUUCAAUGUAAUUUCAUAUUUAAGCUUCGCGAACAUUUGUGAAUACAUUGUAUGAAGGACUUUUUUCGUUGUUGUUGAAAAAAGUAUUAUUUGCGUUCAGAAAAUCACUUCCCUGGAUUGUUUUCAGUUAUUUGAGAAGUGUACUCUACGGAUAACUGUAACGUUAUGCCUUGCUACUCUCAACCAAAGAAAAAGUCCCUGGUUGUAUUCGCUAAAAGUUUUUAUUAAAAGUUGGAUUUUCAGCAUUUUGCAGCAGUUGUACAGGACCAACAUAAGUACAGGUGAAUGAGACGUGAGCCUAACGCUCCCCAGGACCAGGGUGGUGAUGUGAGCGCGGACACACCGCACCCUUCUCAAUCAUCAGUCUCAGUUAUGGGAUAUUUCCACCCUGACUGGUCCAGGAACCCUGCCAGCCAAGCGGAUAAUGGCUCCACACUCUCUCCACUUACCCCUUAGAGUGUAAGGAGCCGACACACCAUCUCACACACACACACACACACACACACACACACACACACACACACACACACACACACACACACACACACACACACACACACACACACACACACCCCUCUGACAGCUCAUCUUUGUUCCUGGGUGGUGACGUCAUGGCCGUUGGGUUGCCGAUGGGAACUGCGGCAGACUCACACUCACAAACACAAACUUUUCAGAUCUCUCCGAGGUCCAGGGUCUUUCGCUCUAACCCGUCGUUCUACUGCUAGAGAGAUGAGGCAGCCUCAGUCCACUGAUCUUCCUGUGUCCCAGUCUGCCUGUACUCUGAUACUCUGACGCCAGACCCCCAGCUCCACUCCCUCGCCCACAUACGGUGCAUCUAGAGCGGGUGGUGUUCAACUCUGACCCCGACGAGAUCCGGAGCCUGCUGGUUCUCUGUUCUACCUGAUCAUGAAUUACACACGCCUGGUGUCCCAGGUCUAAAAUCAGUCGCUGAUUAGAGGGGGGGGGGGACGACGACGAUGGAAAAAAAAUCAGUGUGGAACUGUCUUUGAGGUCCAGAGUUGAAUGUGAGGGGCUCUAAGAGGAGCCCAUCGACCCAGGAUGCAGUGGGGCUCUGAUCUGGCCCAGCACCAGCCACGAUGCCCAUCACCCGGGACAACGCCCUGAGCCACCUCCCUCUGUUGGAGGAAUGGCUCCUGGGGGCGCAGUCCAGGAACCAGAACAACUAUGGAGACCCAGAUCAACAGACCACCACCACCAGCAGAGACCCGGACCAACACUCUUACCAGGAGUCAGAACACGAGGUGGAUGCCUGCGGCACGGCGGUCAGUAGCGGCACGGCCAGUAGCGGCACGGCCAGUAGCGGCACGGCCAGUAGCGGCACGGCCAGUAGCGGCACGGCCAGUAGCGGCACGGCCAGUAGCGGCACGGCGGCCAGUAGCGGCACGGCCAGUAGCGGCACGGUCAGUAGCGGCACGGCGGCCAGUAGCAGCACGGCGGCCAGUAGCAGCACGGCGGCCAGUAGCGGCACGGCGGCCAGUAGCGGCACGGUCAGUAGCGGCACGGUCAGUAGCGGCACGGCGGCCAGUAGCAGCACGGCGGCCAGUAGCGGCACGGCCAGUAGCGGCACGGCCAGUAGCGGCACGGCCAGUAGCGGCACGGCCAGUAGCGGCACGGCGGCCAGUAGCGGCACGGCCAGUAGCGGCACGGCGGCCAGUAGCGGCACGGUCAGUAGCGGCACGGUCAGUAGCGGCACGGUCAGUAGCGGCACGGUCAGUAGCGGCACGGCCAGUAGCGGCACGGCGGCCAGUAGCGGCACGGCCAGUAGCGGCACGGCCAGUAGCGGCACGGCGGCCAGUAGCGGCACGGCCAGUAGCGGCACGGCCAGUAGCGGCACGGCGGUCAGUAGCGGCGGUACCAGUAGAGGCAUGUGUCUAUGUCAGGCCGCUAUACAGAAACUGAUGGAGUACAUUCAGCUCAAUUUCACCGAGGACGAAGAGCCCGGCGUCGUGUCGCGACCCACGAUGCCGUGCGGAGGUGUGGACGCGGAGGUGCGAGCUGUGUGUCUCACCAAGAGAGAAGGGGACGGGGCAGAGUUGGGACUCAGUUUCGGUAACAUCCCGAUAUUCGGGGAUCCGGAGGGGGAGAACAGGAAGAAGGGAGGGAGGAGGAGGAGGAGGAGGAAAGGGGAUCAGGGACCCGUGUUGGACGUGGGGUGUAUCUGGGUGACGGAGGUGAGGAAGAGAAGUCCCGCGGCGAGGUGCGGUAGAAUCAAACUACGAGACGAGUUGCUGUCUCUCAACGGUCAGCUGAUGGUGGGCGUCGACGUGACGGGAGCCAGUUACCUGGCUGACCAGUGCUGGAGUGGAGGCUGCGUCUACCUGAUCAUGCUCCGGAGGAUCAAACGUAAAGCCCCUCUCCCUCCGUCCAAUAGAAACAGCACCAGUGGUGUCUCCACCCACUCUCUGGAUGACCUGAGCGCCGUCUCCUCCGAGACUCCCAGUAGCCCGCCGACGCAGAACGGCGAUGGCAAACGUUUGCGAAAGUUCGGCGUCAUCUCCCGGUCGUCGUUAAAUCGUGAUAGUGCAGACGGUAAGGACGGUAGCUGUGACGAUGGCGGCAGGGAGACGCUGGAGAAUGGUUACCACGGCUACAGAGGAUCCACGGUAUCCAUGGAGAUGGCGGUCACGCCCCCUGAGGGGAGACCAGGAAGGAAGGCUGAGGGGCCCGUGACUGUCCUGCCCCCUCUAGCGAUCCCCCGUAACUUGCUGAACAUUGGAGGGACCGCCACCCUGCCGAAUCGCUCCCACAGGGGACUGUCAGAACGCAAGACAGAGUCAUUCAGCAGUGAUUCCUCCAGUCAGCCCAGAGAGGGGAGUCCUAUCUGGAAGAUGCACAUGGUGAAAGGUCAGGAGGGGCUGGGGAUCCAGAUUACGGGAGGACGAGGGUCCAAGCGCUCCCAGCACGGCAUCAUCGUAGCGCACGUGGAGGAGGGUGGCGCCACACAGAGGGACGGGCGGCUGAAGGCUGGUGAUGAGCUCCUGAUGAUCGACGGUCAGUCUCUGGUUGGUUUGUCUCAUUCGGAGGCUGUCGCUGUCCUCCGCUCUUCCGCUGGACUGGUACAGCUGGUGGUCGCUAGCAGGGAUGAGAUGGAGGUGGAUUUCCACCGUUACCCAUCCACCAGCCUGCCAGACCUGGUCAGCACUUCCUCCUCAUCUCCUUCUCCUCGCAACGACGCGGAACCUCGUCACGGCCUACCCUUCAGCAGCAUGAGCCUCUCUCUACCCACUACGCUACGGUGUGUGUGUCUCUCUACCCACUACGGUAUGUGUGUCUGUCUACCCACUACGGUAUGUGUGUCCUCUCUACCCACUACGGUAUGUGUGUCUGUCUACCCACUACGGUAUGUGUGUCUGUCUACCCACUACGGUAUGAGCCUCUCUCUACCCACUACGCUGACUGAUCUGGAGAAGCUAGAGGACCGAGGCCAGAUGGAGGGACCUAAAGGAACCUGCCGUUCUCCUACAUCCAUGAAGUUCAGGACCAGAUCACAAGGGGGCGGUACUCGCCUGGAGUCUGUUGGGGAGGAUGACGAGCUGAUCGUGGAGAAUGGAGAGGCAGGGAGUGACAUGGUGGAGAAACCGACACGAGGCGGACGCAAACACUCCCUGCCUCAGCAGUUAGACACUGCGGGCGUCCGACAGGAGUACCAGAUAGUUAGGAAAUCAGCUCGCUCCCUGAGCACCGUUCAAGUGGAGUCUCCAUGGCGACUGGCCCAGCCAUCUAUUAUAUCAAACAUUAUCCUUAUGAAAGGACUGGGCAAGGGACUGGGGUUCAGCAUCGUCGGUGGUCAGGACUCUGCCCGAGGAAGGAUGGGGAUCUUUGUCAAGACUAUCUUCUCUAACGGAGCGGCGGUCGCAGACGGAAGACUGAAAGAGGGAGAUGAGAUUCUGGAGGUGAAUGGAGACUCUCUCCAGGGCCUGACCCACCAGCAGGCUAUCCAGACCUUCAAGCAGCUGAAGAAGGGCGUGGUUACCCUGACAGUGAGGACUCGUCUCCGCAGCCCCAGCCUGACUCCGUGCCCUACCCCCACCCUCCUCAGUCGCUCUUCCUCCCCUAACUCCAACGCCAGUGGGGGAACCCCCGUACCUUCCACUUUCGACGAAAACCCCGAAGGCCGCAAGGGACCGCCCAGACCUGGUCCCAAGGACCGCAUCAUCAUGGAGGUGACGCUCAGUAAAGAGCCCGGGGUGGGUCUGGGUAUAGGGACCUGCUGUCUAACUCUAGAGAACAGUCCUCCAGCCAUCUACAUCCACAGUCUGGCCCCUGGCUCUGUCGCCAAGAUGGAUGGACGACUCAGUCGAGGGGACCAGGUGUUGGAGGUGGACUCAGUGAGUCUGCGUCAUGUGGCUCUGAGUGAGGCCUACGCCAUCCUGAGUGAGUGUGGACCCGGACCUGUCAGUCUCAUCAUCAGCCGACAUCCCAACGCCAAGGUAUCAGAGCAGGAGAUGGAUGAAGUGAUCACUCAGUCCACACACAGAGACAAUCUGAGCAAGGAAGGACACGUCUCUCAAACACUAGGCCUGCCCUCUAAGAGCCCCUCCCCCACAGUGAAGGCCAAACAAGGAGAUGGCUCCUCCCUCAGCUGGACCAUGAAGAGGUUCCUGGAGCCCGCUAGCAGGCAAGGGUCACUUAGUUCGGAGGCGGAGCUAUCUCAGUACUUCUCCCAGGAAGUGACCAGUCAUUCGUCGCUGUCAGAAACCAUGGCGAUGGGCUCCAGUGAUGACGACAUGCUCCACCAAAGGAGCUGCAACACCUCAAUAGACGACACCCCCCCGUACACAGCUACAUGCUACAUGGUACAGUCUACUACCCCCUACACAGCUACAUGGUACAGUCUACUACCGCCUACACAGCUACAUGCUACAUGGUACAGUCUACUACCCCCCAACACAGCUACAUGGUACAGUCUACUACCCCCUACACAGCUACAUGGUACAGUCUACUACCCCCCUACACAGCUACAUGGUACAGUCUACUACCCCCCUACACAGCUACAUGGUACAGUCUACUACCCCCCUACACAGCUACAUGGUACAGUCUACUACCCCCCUAAACAGCUACAUGGAUUUAAAGACGGCUCCUGUUUGGUAUUGGAGGUCGGGGCAGACGUUAAGACCCCCGGUGAGACCGUGGAGGCCAGCCAUCACCAGCCCGGUGUGGGUAGUCCUGGUAGCGGUGCCGUCCGCAGCCCACUGCUCCGACAGAGACGGGUCAUCUGCUAUGAGGAGGAGAUCAGCGGCGAUGAUGAUGACGACGAAGACGAUGCAGUGACUCCGUCGGUCCACCGGGUGGCUGGUCAUGGCUCUUCUCCCAUGGUGCUUGCUGACUCUGGUACCGUGAUCGCUACAUCAUCAGUUGAGGUGGACGAGGAGAGCGAGGGACCGUUCUCCCCGCUCUACGGAAUCUCUCUGGCGUCAGAGGAAGUGGUCGUGGAAGGAGGGUCUAGCCCCACGACAGUCCCUAGUAAACUGGGUGUGAGGAUGGACCCUCCGGGCCCCGUGGAACCCAAGCGCUCCCCUAAGCUAGAACACAAGGCUGUGACCCGCGUCAAGAGCAUGAUGAGCAUCGAGGCCUCGCCAAUCCAGCCAAUUUACCAGCAGAACCAGAGCCCCAAAGGAGAGGAGUCUCCGACCUACCCAUCCACCCAGUCUCUGGCCCCUCAGCCUGGGGUUGACUCCAGCUGCUCCCUGGGAUGGCCUGGGUCUAACCCCAAACCCCUCUGUAAGAAAGGCGAGGCCUGCAGCGAGUUGGCGGGGGUCUACACCAUCGACAGGGUGGUUCUGAGGAGGAGUGAGGAGGAGUCCUUCGGUCUGGACCUGGAGAUCAAGUCGUGUCCCCUGAAAGUGGUGAUCACUGGACUGAGGCCUGGAGGAGCGGCCGAGAGGGAAUCCCAGGGCCGGAUGUGUGUGGGAGACGAGAUCCUGUCGCUCGGAGAAACCCUCGUGUGUUCUUCUUCUUACCGCGACGUCUGUGAGCUCAUGCACAACCUUCCCGCGACCCUCAGGCUCGAGGUCAAGAGGCCUGUGUCAGCUGUAGAUCGCCUCUCCAGCCUCAUGAUGUCAUCGGGGAGUUGUGAUGUCAUCGAACCCUCCAUACCGGAUGAGUCCAGAACUUCCCAGGAGGCUAAUGGGGGUUCUCCAAAUCCAGGAAUUCCCUCCUCCUCCUCCUCGUCCUCAGCAACAAAUCACAAUUUCAAACCCACAGCCCCAACCAACCACAGCAGUGAUAUACCUGUCACCUACAUCGAUGAUGUCAUAACCGCACUAAGUUACUCCGAUGUUGAGAGUGCGCUCUCGUCCAAAACCCCCAAAUCCCGUUCAGAAGCACAAUGUACUGAGACUACAUCCUGUAAGUCAGCUCUAGACAGCAAGGCCUUGCUAGAGAAAGACAAAAGUAAUGUUCAGACUCCUCCAGCACGGCCUAGUCAGUUGGACUUCUCUGUCUUGGACUCGGGAAACAAUGGUCGCCUCUUGCCUGUGGGUAAAACAUUCUUGAACAAUUACUCCAGAAACUUUAGCAGUAAUCUCACAGACGAAGGGAAGAAUGCUAUUUCAAACGGAGUGGAUAAACCACCUGGCGCCUCAAAGUGCCACAUGUACAACCUGGUCGAUGACAGCGAUUCAGAGAGUGAAGAAACCGUCACCGACAACAGCCACGGCGCUGCCGGCGAUAAAGAAAGAGGGAGCCGCGUUGUCGGCGCUGAGCCACAGGACACAGAUUCUGAUGAAGAGGAAGUGGAAAUUUGUUACAGAGAGGCCCAGCGGCCCAGCACUCUGAGCCAGGAAGCGCUGACUCACCUAACAGAUGGGCCAUUGUCUCCCCGGCUCUCUAUCCCUAUCUCUGGCUCUGACGGCAGCCACAAUACAAAGGAGUCUAGGCCCUUUGAUGUAGUACUAGACUCUGCUGCUUCUGCCACUUCUGAUGCUGCUAUGACAGCAGCUACUCAUCCUGCUGCUGCCUCUCAGCAAAACAAAGACUGUUCUGCGGUAACAACGACCCAAUCCAACCGUAACACUUCCCCCUCGCUGUCUCAGAGUCUAACUGGCUCGCAGUCCUCAGGUGCCUGUUUGACUACAGGGUCCAAAGCUUCCCCUUGCCAAAUGGUGCCCCCCCAGUCUUCCAAGGACACAGAUUCUGUACCCACUCCAGGCCCUGCAGGGCCUUCAGAAUGCUUUGCCAAUGGGGUUAGUUGCAGCAACGUUGUUACACCUGUGAUAAAACCCAACCAGGCACCUUCUCUAAGUGUUGUAGCAGCUAGCCACAGCCUCACCCCACGGAGUCAGGAGAGGACAGCCAGGCCGACUUCAGGUAAACUAUCUAAUAGUACAUCAUCAUCUGGGCCAUCAUCAUCAUCAUCAGCAGCAGCAGCAUCCCACUCAACGGCGGCGAAGGCAAUGCCCUCCAACUAUAGUAGAUCUGGCUCAUCGAGGCCAUCGCUAACAACGACAAGAGACAAGGAGGGGGAGAAAGUUUCCCUGGAACCCAGGUUGGUCCAGAAUAACCCUACUAGUCCCUCUCUUCCGAUGUCCAAACUGAAGGGGCUCAGCAUCAAGAGUAAGAACAAAACACAGCAGCAGCAGCUUUCCCCGAAACCAGCCAGAGCCGAAAGUCCGGCGGUUCUCGGGAAAGCAAGCAAAACUUCUCCGCUCCAGUCCCCCAAACUGCAAGCCAAGAAGGUAGACUCUCCUCUGCUAACCAGAAAGGCAGUAGCCUCAUCUAGCAAAAAGUUUGAACUGUGCAGAAUCAGUAGCAGGAGCCCCACUUCGCCCAAACCAGGUGACCGAGCUCAGGACAAGUGCAACCCCAAGUCCAACCCCACAACCACUACCACUUUAGAGGCAGCACAGUCAGCCAAGUUGGAGCUUCACCUUAACAAAGAGGAGCAAGUGACACCAGCUACUGCUACGUCCAAGGAACAACCGGAGCCAGUCCCAACUACCCAGAGGUCUUUCAUUGAGGUACGACUCUCAUCUUCUUCUCUUCCUUCCUCCUCAUCGUCUACGCCAGUUCUGAUGCGAAAGGAAACUGUGAAUUCAAAGAAUUACUCAAUUACUCAAAUGACUCAUAUACCAGAUAUUACGUCACAGGUCAAUGGAAGUGCAGUAGAGACCAAUCUCAGGCCUGCUGCUCCUGUACCCCUUGCCUCUGUGUGUAAUCCAGAAAACGUCACUACAAAUGAUUCAGCAGUGAACUCAAUAGUCCUAGAAUCCGUAGAUGUGGCUCCUUUGCCUAUAAGCAAUGGUAUCAUAAACAUCUCUCUCAGAAACUCCUGCCUAACAGAUAUGGCUGUGGAAAACCUGAAAGCCAACAAGUCCAAACUGAAGACGAUGGAGCGCCGUAGUUUAUCCACGGAAAACAGCGCCCCCGGGGAUCCCAGCCCCUUCUCUGUCCGCCAGAGGAUCAAGUCCUUUGAGAACCUGGCCAGCUUCGAUAAGCCAGCGCUCAAAUGUAUCGAGAUCCAGUCCUACGCUCAGUCCUAUGCUCUGGCGGCAACGUUGAAGCCGCCUCUUAACCGAAGACUGUCUGGCUACAUGUCCGGCUCGGUGAGCUCCAUAGACUGCCGCUCGCUACGAAGAAGCUUAAGCUCGUGCGUCGACAACUUUAAAGCCUCAACCCCCUUGACCCCUUUGUCGCCUCAGCUUCGCAAGUCGCCGUCAAGUCUGACUUUCCCAAACUUUGACAUUUUGACACAAAGCUGCAGCGCAAACGAAGCUCCACUUGGACAAACACGGGACAAACUCGCAGACGGCGAAAUCUCCAAAAUGUUGCCCCCAGUGGGUGUGACCCUAACUCCUCAAACGCCCCCGGUGAUGCGGCGCCGCCAGGCUCGGGGCCACGCUAACCUGUCCCGAUCCAGAUUGAGGGAGCUCAGGGCCCUUAGCAUGCCCGACCUGGAUAAGCUGUACACCGAUGACUUCUCCAGCAACCCAGGGACCAACUGCACAUUUAAGACGGAGCUGGAGAUCCACCCAGCCAGGUCCACAGAGCCCCUCCAGAACCAGACUGGGUGCUGUCAACUGCCUGCUGAACCCACAGGUGUGCCCCCGACCAGGGCCAGCUGGAGCGACGCUGGGGCCAGCCAGGACGGCAUUCAGGGGGAAACCAACGGUCAAACACAUCUCAGCAACUGGUCCAUCAGUUUGACAGUGCUGGCUGGCUCUCCGGUGGAGCAGAGUAAGCUGCAGUCGGUCCUGGCCUCACUGAACUCAAAGACAGAUAUAUUGGCCCUGUUACAGGAGGCCAAAGCUCUCUCUCAGGUUAAAGAUGAUACCCACUUUGUAGUCUUCUCCAAGGAAGAGGGUUCGGGACUUGGUUUCAGCAUCGCUGGAGGAGUUGACCUUGAGCAGAAGUCUAUAUCUGUCCAUCGUGUCUUCUCCAAUGGGCUAGCUGGCCUGGAAGGUACCAUUCAGCAGGGGGACAGCGUCCUGUCCAUCAACGGCAGCAGCUUGGAGGGGACGUCCCACGGAGAAGCCCUGUCCUGUCUCCACCAGGCUAGACUGUCCACUCAGGCCCUGGUGGUCCUUCGCAGGGGGAAGGACAGUGAAGGACAAAUGUCCCCAAGACACCAUGACCUGUACCACCACACAGGACGAAGCUACUCCCCAGGGUGCAGAGACAACGGGCCUGAGACAGCUAGACCAGUAGUGGUGGAAAUGGGUCCUGACGGGGCUCUGAUGGUACAUCUCCUGAAGACGUCAGCUGGUCUGGGCUUCAGUCUGGAGGGGGGCAAAGCCUCGGCACAUGGAGACCGCCCCCUCAACGUCAAACGAGUCUUUAAAGGUGGUGCCGCGGAGCUGUCGCGUGUGGUGGACGUGGGGGACGAGGUAGUGGAGGUGAACGGGAGCUCACUGCAAGGCCUCAUGCAUUACGACGCCUGGAACAUCAUCAAGACUGCCAGCAAAGGCCCCGUGCAGCUUGUCAUCAGGAAACCACGGACCUCUGUAUGACUCAACGGACAUAUCGACUGGACAUACUCGUGUGUCAGUCUGGUUGACGUACAAUGGUUAAACAUACAGGGUGAAACACAGGAUUUCUGUGUGGGCCGAUGGACUAGACAGACUUACCAAGGUGACAUAUAACUACAAUGGAGAAAUUUCCUUUUUUUUUUUUUACAUAUUUCUAACGAGGCUUACAGACAUGUUGGGCUAACAUUGCAGGGUUAUUUGUUUUCACACCCCAGAGUAAAUUUGGUCCGGGAUGGAUCUAUGUCAUACGGUGUGCCAAAACAAAGAUCAUGUAAUGACAGAAGCGUCUUCUUGGACAAGACAGACUUUCACUUGUUUUACUAUGACGUCACCUUGUGAUGAUUUUUUUAAUAUCGCUGACCUACUCAGGCGGUGGCGCUGUACUGUUCUGUGCAGGAUUUACAGCGCCUUCGGAAAGUAUUCAGACCCCUUGAUUUUUUUCCCCCCACAUUUUGUUAUGUUACAGCCUUAUUCUAAAAUGGAUUAAAUACAUUUUUAAAAAAUCCUCAGAAAUCUACACACAAUAUCCUGUAAUGACAAAGAGAAAACAGAUUUUGAGAUUUUUUUUGCGAAUUCAUUAAGAAAAAUGUUUUAAAAAUACCCUAUUUACAUAAGUAUUCAGACCCUUUGCUAUGAGACAUGAAAUUAAGGUCAGCUGCAUCCUGUUUCCA